AUGCCUGAUACUACGCAGACACAAACCGAAGCUAAGAGUGCUUCCAAGACAAAACACAGUCAUGCAGCCUCAACAGUAGCUGCACCUAGAAAAGUUCGGUUCAAUGUCGGUACCCAAUACCAAGUAUUAGACGUCGUGGGGGAAGGAGCCUAUGGCAUCGUCUGCUCUGCUGUCCAUCGGCCCAGUGGGCGAAAAGUCGCGAUAAAGAAAAUUGCACCUUUUGAUCAUUCAAUGUUUUGCCUUCGGACUCUUCGAGAACUAAAGCUGCUCAAAUUCCUGAGUGAAGCGGGAGUCAGCGAGAAUAUCAUCUCUGUUUUGGACAUCAUCAAACCACCAUCGCUGGAUGCCUUUAAAGAAGUAUAUCUCAUUCAAGAAUUAAUGGAGACCGACAUGCAUCGUGUUAUUCGAACUCAGGAUCUUUCCGAUGAUCACGCCCAAUACUUCAUUUACCAAACACUUCGUGCACUCAAGGCUUUGCACUCUGCCGAUGUGAUCCACCGAGACUUGAAACCUUCAAAUCUUUUGUUGAACGCCAACUGCGAUCUCAAAGUUUGCGACUUUGGUCUCGCACGGUCAGUGAAAACCGCCGAGCCAUCUGGUACAGAGACGGGCUUCAUGACUGAAUACGUGGCUACCCGGUGGUACCGUGCACCAGAAAUCAUGCUUACGUUCAAGCAGUAUACAAAGGCCAUUGAUGUGUGGUCUGUAGGAUGUAUAUUGGCAGAGAUGCUUUCGGGAAAGCCUUUAUUCCCUGGUAGAGACUACCACCAUCAGCUUACCCUCAUUCUCGAUGUCUUGGGAACACCCACACUUGACGAGUUCUAUGCCAUCACCACCAGACGGUCCAGAGAUUACAUUCGUGCCCUUCCUUUCCGUAAAAAGCGACCAUUUUCUCAAAUAUUCCCGAAUGCGAAUCCUUUGGCUGUAGACUUUUUGGCCAAGACGCUGACUUUCGAUCCCAAGAAGCGAAUUACAGUGGAAGAUGCGUUAGCACAUCCAUAUCUCGAAGCCUAUCAUGACCCGGAUGAUGAGCCAGUGGCACCCCCACUCGACCCAGAGUUUUUCGAGUUUGAUUUGCACAAGGACGACAUAAGUCGCGAACAGCUCAAGGAAUUAUUAUACGAGGAAAUCAUGUCGUUCCGCCCAGCGCCUAUGGUAUGA